GAGAGAGAGAGAGACAGAGAGAGAUUUAGUUUAAAUGCCCGAAGCUGAAUACCUCACAUCCAUUGUACACAGUCUUCGUUUUGCUUAUAACUCUGCACCAGGAAUUUGAACUACGUUUUCACUGGAUGUAACUUUAGCCACACACGCACACACAUUUGGAAAACUUAGAUUUUUCUCUGGAGCCGCAGUAUGUGAAGUUAAGACUUUUUUCCUCCCUCUUUUACACAAUAAGAAUCUGUAAACGUGUUUUUUUAUUUUAUUUUUGUUCUCUUCCAUGUGGGAUAACACAACUCUUGGAAGUUGCCCGUAUUAUUAUCGGCAAUAACAUUUCUACCUGUUGCUGCACUUUGUAAAUAACGCCGCGUCAACAAAGUUACUUUACAAGCGCUGGAAACGAAUGUAAAACGGGCAUACCUGCUGGUUUUGGACAGAAAGCUUCGAGAACAAGCGACGGUUUUCAGUUUCUUUCAGUAUAGCAAGGAAAACUCAGCGGCCUCGGCUGGCUUGUUAGGCCUCUGUCACCAUGGCAACGGCCGUACCCGUCUUCCUGCUGGCAUUGUGCUUCUGUGGUAUCUGCGGCAACCGGCAGUCGGCUCCCAGAGUGCACCUCUCCUACAAAGAGCUGAUGGAGACUCGCACGGCACGUCCCUUCAGCUUUGCCUUCAACACCAGCGAUUAUCGCAUCCUCCUUGUAGACCACGACCAGGAUCGCAUCUACCUGGGCAGCCGCGAGUACGUGGUGGCGUUGGACAUGCAGAACAUCAACAAGGAGCCCCUCAUCAUCCAUUGGCCGCCUACAGAGCAGCGACUGGAGGAGUGCAGAAUGGCAGGCAAGGGCGAGCAGGGGGAGUGUGCAAACUACGUACGUCUGAUUGCUCCCUGGAACCGGACUCACCUGUACACCUGCGGGACAGGUGCCUACAGCCCUGUCUGCAGCUUCAUCAACCGAGGCUGGAGGUCCGAGGAGUAUCUGUUCCGUCUUGUGCCUGGGAAGGAGACAGGAAAAGGGAAGUGUCCGUACGACCCCUGGAAAGAAACUGUGGCCGCUGUCAUAGACGGUAAUCUGUAUGCAGGUGUCCAGGUUGAUUUCAUGGGGAUGGACACUGCAAUCUUCAGGACUCUGGGCAGAAGACCGGCGGUCAGAACAGAGCAGUACGACUCCCGCUGGCUCAACGAGCCCGUCUUCAUCAAGAUCCACAUGAUCCCGGACAGCUCCGAGAAGAACGAUGACAAGCUGUACUUCUUCUUCAGAGAGAAGUCUCUGGAGGCAGGGGGCAGCCCCAGCGUGCUGUCCAGAGUGGGGAGGGUCUGUCUGAAUGAUGACGGGGGUCAGCGCUCGCUGGUCAACAAGUGGACCACCUUCUUGAAGGCCAGGCUGGUGUGCUCUGUGGUGGGGGGCGAUGGAGUUGAGACCUACUUUGACGAGCUCAGAGAUGUGUUCAUCCAGCUGACGCAGGAUGACCGCAAUCCCAUGGUGUACGCGGUCUUCUCAACCUCUGGGUCUGUGUUCACUGGCUCGGCAGUCUGUGUCUAUACCAUGGCUGACAUCCGGAAUGUUUUCAACGGUCCUUUCUCGCACAAGCAGGGUCACAACUACCAGUGGACCCCCUAUAUGGGCAAGAUCCCAUACCCUCGCCCUGGCACUUGUCCAGGAGGCACGUUCACUCCGGGAGUCCGCACCACGAAGGAUUUCUCGGACGAGGUUGUGAACUUUGUCCGCGCGCACCCUCUUAUGUACACCCCGGUGUACCCAGUAAACCGGCGCCCCCUGGUGGUGAGAACUGGCGUGGACUACCGCUUCACCACCAUUGCUGUGGACCUGGUGGAUGCUGUGGACGGACGCUACGAGGUCCUCUUUCUAGGGACAGACCGUGGUACAGUCCAGAAAGUGAUUGUCCUGCCUAAAGAUCACAGCACCACGGAAGAGCUCACUCUGGAAGAGGUGGAGUUGUUCAAGACCUCGUUUCCAGUGAAGACCAUGAAGAUAUCAUCCAAAAGGCAACAGCUUUACGUCUCCUCGGACGGGGGCCUUACUCAGAUGUCUCUUCACCGCUGUGGCGUCUAUGGGAAAGCCUGUUCCGAUUGCUGUCUGGCCAGAGACCCGUACUGCGCUUGGGAUGGGGAGAACUGUGCUGCUUUCACCCCCACUGCCAAGAGGAGGAGCCGUCGACAGGAUAUCAAGCAUGGAGACCCACUGCGGCAGUGCAGAGGCUUCAAUGCCAAAGUGGAGAAGCGUUUGAAGGAGACCACUCAGUUUGCUGUGGAGGGCAGUAGCACAUUUCUGGAGUGCCAGCCCAGAUCGCCCCAGGCUUCGGUCAAAUGGUUCUUUCAGAAAGAUGGUACCGGCCGACGACAAACGCUGAUCCGAGAGAAGGAGUUGCUGAAGACGGGCCAUGGAGUUCUCCUCAGAUCCAUCCACAAGUCCGCCAGUGGACUCUACCACUGCGUGGCCACUGAGAACAACUUCAAACACACCGUGAUGCGCGUCGCCCUCCGAGUCCUGGACCGAGAGAUCGUGGACGCCCUCACGACCUUUGACCUCCACGAGGCUGCCCGCCACCCCCCUCCACAGACCUCGCCCCUCCCCCCGCCUCACCUGAUAGGCCAGUCAGAGAUCCGCCUCAUACACCAGUACUGCGAGACAUACUGGGACCAGCUUAACCCAGCACUCCGACCCAGACGCACCAGCAGGCACGACGCCAAGGGUGGAGGGCAAGCGACCAGGGAGUGAAGCGCACCGCACUGUCUGGAUGUCCUGUCUGUCACUUUAAGAGCCCAGUUUUGAGGGUUUUCAAGCGGGCUGUUUGAAUUCUCCAAGGUGUCACUACAGUGCUGUACAGGGGUGGACGAUAACAUUGUAAAGGCUGUCCAAAUGAAACCAAAUGUUUUACUAAAUAAGUCCAAAAAUAAUGAUGCAGCUACAACUUUUUACUUUGCUGAAUGUUACCAAACCCUUAUAAUACUUGGAUUAGUUACAGUAACUUUUCUCUCUUAGCUGAUCAUUUGGCGUUUCAGUACAAUAUUUUGUGAGAUUAUGUGCCUGUGAUUGUGCAAAUAGAGUGUACAGUAGCUAGCAAUAGGAUUUAGAUGAAGGGUCCUCAAAUAUCAAAGUAAUGGGACAUCUUGCAUUAUAUUGCAAUCCUAAAAUUCUAGGUGAUGCAAAACUUUUGGCCAGAGCUGUAUGCUGAAAAAUACCCAUCACGUUUUAAUUCCAAUACGUGAGCUUCUAGGAAUGUUCCAUUUGAAUUCAUUAUGACUGUAUCAUCAUCUUCAGGUCCUAGAAAAAUCAUUAAAAAAACAAAAAAAAAAACAAAAAAAAAACAGAUAUUUGUUGUAUCAGAUCCUAAGCAAUCCUCUGUUGAAAUGUAUCUGAGUUUGCAGCUGCUGUUUAAGUGUUUCCCCGAGAGGUGACUUGCAAGCAAAUGCAUGAUCGACCUCAUGUGGAAAGUGUUAAAUUUGAUUCAAUCGCUUUAAAUAUUCUGCUUUAUUUCCCAGCCCUGCUUAAAAACCCUCUCAUUUAAGAAUCUGCUUUAAAUAAAUCCUUGUGUUUCUUUCGAAACUCCACACUUGAGACUCAAAGAGAAAGCCACGGCAGAUUUAUAUAGAAUUAUUUUGCUACAAUUACUUUUAAGGAGCGACAAGUGGGGAGUCGAAAAACAAUGACGAGUCACUUUUGGGUUUUUGUUUUUUCAAAUAUUUAUUUUUCAGAUGUAAAUAUUCUUCUUAAACUCUACAAAUUUGGUGUCGGGAUUAAAUGAGAUGCGUGCAUCGACAGGACCAGAACUCGCAUCGGGGAAAAGGAAGACCACCUUUGCAGACCAACGAAAGUGACAAUAAAUAAUGAAGACGCUAUGAAUUUAGUGAGAUCCAGUUUGCUGUGGCGCCUUUUAUUUCCUCAGUCAUUUGUUUUCGGUUUUAAACUGAACUGCACAAAUGGGCAGUAUACCCUACGUAGGUUAUACAGUAUUGAAUUUUUCUACAUUUAAAUAUUUUUGCAUGCAUGAAACUGAUUCAGUAUCCAAGUGUAUUAUGUUUAAACAAAGAAGGUUUGCCUUGAACUUCCUCAACCUGUGAGGUAAAUAUUUUGGGUAAUGCUUUAUAGGGUGUCUCUAAUUGCUGUGUAUUUGCACAGUAGUUAAUUAGUAAAUACAGGUGUGCUUACACAACAUUACAAUGUAUGCAUAGUUACAAUGUACUUAAUGUAUAAAUGUUUCUGCACAGUAUAACCCCAAUCCUAGCCCAGACUCUAAACCUAUCCCCUUUCUGGUACAAUUGUGGAGUAGUGGUUAGGGCUCUGGACUCUUGACCGGAGGGUCGUGGGUUCAAUCCCAGGUGGGGGGACACUGCUGCUGUACCCUUGAGCAAGGUACUUUACCUAGAUUGCUCCAGUAAAAACUCAACUGUAUAAAUGGGUAAUUGUAUGUAAAAACAAUGUGAUAUCUGUAUAAUGUGAAAUAAUGUAUAAUGUGAUAUCUUGUAACAACUGUAAGUCGCCCUGGAUAAGGGCGUCUGCUAAGAAAUAAAUAAUAAUAAUAAUUAAGUGCAUUGUAAUGAUAUGUAAGCACACCAAGUACAAUUUAAAUACGCAGUAAUUAAGAACGUACUGUAAAUUGUUACUGCAUUCUGUACCAAAACCAUAGGUGUGUAAGCACGUGGUACAAUGAAUGCAUUCCUUCCGUUCUGGGGUAAAUCCUUUUUUUUAUUCCUUGAAACCUUCUCUGAGGUAAAACGAGACCAAAAAGUCACGAGAAAACAAAAAUAGACUAAUUCCCAAGCAUCCCCCUUUUUACCUGGUCAUAUUGAAAGCUGAAUAGGAAAUUUAACAUUAUCUGUUUCACAAAAUAAACAAAGCCAACAGAAAAGGGAGAUUUUCACAAGUCACAAUUUUAUUAUUCAUGGAAGUUUGUUUCACCUUUUAAUGGUAAUCAGACUCCCGUUCCACAGCGGUGUGAUCCAGUCCUGGUUUCACUAGGAGUUUAAUAAUAAGACACACCUGAGCUUGUUAGCUAGACACACUGGGGCUAAUCUAGCGUGGAGUAAAACCUGGACUGGGUGAUGGUAAAGUGACAUAAAUUUGCUCCAAUUUCAGAUUGCAUUUAUUAUAAAACACACACACACACACAUAACCUUUGUAUGAACAUUUUACAUCAGAUUUUAAAGAUUUAAAAUGAGCAUAUAUAUAUAAUUUAGUGAACUCAAAUGUUUUUACACAUUAAUCAGGAAGAAACAGUGUCUCUUCAAAACACUGUUUUUAAACCGAUGUGCCUGUUUUUUUUUUUUCUGAUAAAACAAUUUCCUUUUAUUUGUAGAUGUUUUUGUGCUUUAAUAAGGUUGUUUGUAAUUAUAAUAAUAUAUAUUUUUUUUGCUGUUUUUGUAUAGAGAUAAUAAAUAUGUUUUAUA